UUUUAUUUUUUGAGGAAAAAGAGGAUUAGUAGCCAUGUAUCAGAAUUUUGGCUCAAAUUCGCUUUCAUCCUGCAACGGUUUCUCUCUCCGGAUUCUUUAAAGGUAUGGAGUGUUUUGACAUCUGUAAAAGAUCAUGGUUCAAUGCCUAGAGGGAAUAAAGCAUUUCUGUGCUGCUGUAGCAAACUGUUGUGAUGCAGAAACAUCUAGGCGACCUAGGGGCCUUCAAGAUCCUGAGGCUCUUGCAAGGGAGACAGUAUUCAGUGUAAGUGAAAUAGAGGCAUUGUAUGAGCUGUUUAAGAAGAUCAGUAGUGCAGUGAUUGAUGAUGGGCUGAUAAAUAAGGAAGAAUUUCAACUGGCACUGUUCAAAACAAACAAAAAAGAGAGCUUAUUUGCAGAUAGGGUUUUUGACCUGUUUGAUACAAAGCACAAUGGAAUACUCGAUUUUGAAGAAUUUGCACGUGCUCUUUCCGUCUUUCAUCCAAAUGCCCCUAUUGAUGAUAAAAUCGAGUUUUCAUUCCAAUUAUAUGAUCUUAAACAGCAAGGAUUCAUUGAGAGACAGGAGGUAAAGCAAAUGGUUGUGGCUACGCUUGCUGAAUCUGGCAUGAAUCUAUCGGAUGAUGUUAUAGAAAGUAUCAUUGACAAGACAUUCGAAGAAGCUGACACAAAACAUGACGGGAAGAUCGACAAGGAAGAGUGGCGAAACCUUGUAUCAAGGCAUCCAUCACUUUUGAAGAACAUGACUCUCCAAUAUCUCAAGGAUAUCACGACCACGUUCCCAAGUUUUGUGUUUCACUCGCAAGUUGAUGAUACCUGAGAAGUCUGUCACAAUGCAAUGGCGGUUCGAUUUGAGUUUGAUUGAUAUUUUCUUCUUUCUUUCUAAGUACAAAUUGUGGUUAGGUUUAUGAACUAUAAUCUGUGUUUUUGGUUCUUAAUACUUUCAUUUGUUUCUUCUUUUUUUAAACCCAUCGGUUCAAUGUCCAAAGAUUAUCUUUACCCUCUAUUUCAUCUGCAUUUCACCCAA